UCCAUAUAUUAUAUUAAUUAGCAAAUACAGGAAAAUAUAUGUAAGGGUGGUGACAUUUGUGUUGGAAUCAAUAUCAUUUAACGAACAAUCUCAAAUGGAGCGUGUGUGCAAUAAACAAUACUGGUGUGAUGUAUGCGACAAAUUAUUCAAUCAAAAUAGCAAACUGAUGAUUCACAAGCGGACGCAUACGGGAGAGAAGCCUUAUCCGUGUGAUGUAUGCGAUAAAUCGUUCAGAAGGAAUACCCACCUGACGGUUCACAAACGUACGCACACGGGAGAGAAGCCAUUCCCUUGUGACGUAUGUGACAAAUCAUUCAUUGAGAAUAGCAAACUGACGACUCACAAACGGACUCAUACAGGGGAAAAGCCUUAUCCGUGUGAUGUAUGUGAUAAAUCGUUCAGGCAGAAUGGAAAUCUGAUAGUUCACAGGAGGACGCAUACGGGAGAGAAGCCAUACCCGUGUGAUGUAUGUGACAGAUGGUUCGUUAAAAACAGUGACCUGACGGUUCACAAGCGGUCGCACACGGGAGAUAAGCCAUACCCGUGUGACGUAUGCGAUAAAUCGUUCGCUCAGAGCAGUACUUUGACAGUUCACAAACGAACGCACACGGGAGAGAAACCAUAUCCGUGUGAUGUUUGUGACAGAUCGUUCAUUAGCAACAGUGACUUGACGUGUCAUAAGCGGACACACACGGGAGAGAAACCAUACCCGUGUGACAUAUGCGAUAAAUCCUUUUCUCAAAGAGAGAAGCCAUACCCGUGUGACGUAUGUGAAAAAUGGUUCAGUGGGAAUGAUCAACUGACGAAACACAGACGGACGCACACGGGGGAAAAGCUAUACCCGUGUACCAUCUGUGAUAAAUCUUUUUCUCAAAGUGCUAAUCUAACAGUACAUCAGAGAACGCACACGGGAGAGAAACCAUUCUCGUGUGACAUAUGCGAUAAAUCCUUCGCUCAGAGCAGUAGGUUAACGAGACACAAGCGUACACACACAGGAGAAAAGUCAUGUGACGUAAGUGACAAAACGUUCAGUCAGAGUCUGACGGUCCACAUUCGGAUGCACUCGUGUGAGAAACCAUAACUGAGUGGUGAACCACCUAAUUCACCCGACCGAGAAGUCAGAAAAUACGUAAUAGAACCACCGUCUAUGAUACUGAUGUUUGCUUGUUUUUCUUAUGUAAUAAUGUCAAUAAAAAAUUGCUAUUGGUUUUCCAAUUUUUGUUACCUAAAUACUAUUGGUUUUGAUUUUCAAUUUGAACU